CUCUCUCACACCCGUCAAUAUUUGGCCAAUUAAUCUACCUCCAUUUUAUUUUUUGUCAGUCAACAGUACAUCUUGAUUCUUUUGGUUAUUUUUUUCCAAUUGGUCCCAAUAAUUGUAAUUGAACUGUAAGGGAAAACAAACCCCAACCCCGCCCCCGCGGCCGCCCCACCCACCCCCCCCCCCCCCCCCCCCCCCCCAAAGCUGGAAAAAUGAAGGAGACUGGUAGAAAACAAGGUGCUUUGUCUCCAUGCGCAGCAUGCAAACUUCUGCGAAGGAGAUGCGCUCAGGACUGUGUUUUUGCUCCUUAUUUUCCAGCUGACGAGCCCCAGAAGUUUGCCAGUGUCCACAAGGUUUUUGGUGCUAGCAAUGUCAACAAGAUGCUACAGGAAUUACCAGAGCACCAACGCAGUGAUGCAGUGAGUUCCAUGGUGUAUGAAGCAAAUGCAAGAGUCCGGGAUCCAGUGUACGGUUGUGUUGGAGCAAUAUCAUCUUUACAGCAACAAAUCGACGCCCUCCAAACCCAAUUGGCCAUUGCACAAGCUGAGGUGGUGCACAUGAGAAUGGGCCAAUUCCCUACUACCACUACUAUUGCUUCAACGACUACUUGCUCACCAGACCAAAAGAUGGCACCUGAUAAUUCUCAUCAUCAUCGUAACCAUCAAACGGCUACCACCAAGUCCUUUUUUUCUAUGGACAUAGUAGAUCAGACCAAUAUGGGAGAGUCUUUGUGGUCAUGCUAGCUCUACCUACCUUUAUUUGCAUGCAUCUAUGCCACUUUGAUUAAUUAAUCUGUUUUGCUAUAAUAUUCAAUUAGCGUCCUGGGCUUGCUUCUGUCUGCCAGCUCCUUCUUUAGUUAUACUACCUCUUUUUUCUCUUUUACUUUCUUUCAUAGUGCAUCUCUCUGUCCUUGACCAGGGAUAUGAUGAUGAUUAAUUAGUUAACCAUAUUGUAAAUAUGUCUAAACUUUGUAAGUAUGAGUUCUACUUAUAGUAUUGUUAAUAUAUAUAGUGAAACUCUUGAUGUGAUGAA